AUGUUAGCUCAAUAUACAUUGACUCUUCUAACCCAACAAAUUUACGCUUAUGUCGGAUUACCAAUCAUGGUUUUGGGUGUUAUUGGUAACGUGUUCAACAUUAUUAUUUUCACAACAUUAAAAAUAUUUCGAGAAACAACCUGUGCAUUGUAUCUGACUGCAACUUCAGUGGCAAAUAUCGCUGGCUUGUUAAUCGCAUUGUUUGUGCGUAUUUUGCGCGCCGGUUUUCUCAUCAAUAUCAACGGAACGUCAUGGGUUUGUAAAAUACAGAUUUAUAUAGUUACAUGGUGUCUUUUAGUAUCAUUAACAGCUGUGUGUUUAGCAAGUAUUGAUCAGUGCUUGUCAAUGAGUAAAUACAGACGUUUUAGUCAUUUACGCUUUGCUCGAUACAACAUAUCUACCAUUUGGGUUUUGUGGGCCUUAUAUAGUAUUCCUAUUUUGAUUUAUUGGGACACGCCUUACGGCGUCUGUGUGAUUACUAACGCGAGCUUUGAAAUUUAUACUACUCGCUUUCAGUUUCCAAUUCUUUUGGGAGUUUUGCCUAUAUCUACAAUGUUCAUCUUUUCUCUUCUUUCUUUUUACAAUGCUCGGACAUUGGUUAGUCGACAAAUAUACAUCGUUCGGCAAAGUCAUGACCGACAAUUAACGGCCAUGACGCUUAUUCAUGUUGUAUAUGUUAUAAUUACGACAGUACCUUAUGUCAUUUAUGUUAUUUCUUCACUCAAUCAAGCCACUAAAGAUCCAGAACAAGUAGCAAUUAAUAACCUUAUCUAUGGCAUCUUAGUUUUAAUCGACUAUUCAAGCUUUGCUAGUCCAUUCUAUCUUUAUGUUUGUGUCUCACAACGAUUUCGAAAUCAAUUCUUCUUGGUACUUUCAACCAUUUUCAACGAAUUCCGGGUGAAUAAUCAAAUUACACCAGCUGUAGAAGCUAUGAAUAUAGAUCAGUUCUCACAGCAAACACAAAAUCAUAUUGAUAGAAUUCCACUAUGA